GCGAGGGGCGUGCGGCGGAAGGGGGGUUUAAAAAGCGGCCGCGCGCUGCUCAACCCUUCACUAGUGUUGAAAGCGGAAGAGACGAAACAUGUUGGUGUGUGCGGAAAAGUCAAAGGCCGUGCGGAAAAUCUGCUUCGGGCAGAAGUGCGACAAGCAAGUCGAGCCGUGGAUUGUGCACUCGCUGGUCAACCAUUUCGGAAUCCACCCCGCAGAAUUUUCCGAGCUUCAGCAAGUUGCUACCCAGUUCAUCGACACAUUCUACUCGCAACAAAGAGAAACGCUGGCUAAAAUUAAUAUUGUAGAAGAAAAUCAGGAUGGGCUGUGUUCCAGAGAUCUCAGUUGGUCGUCUUUGAAUUUCGUCAACAAAUUAAGAAGAAGUCAGACAGGGAAAUGUUAAUUAAUUUAAUCUGCAAAAAAGUCACUAUUUAGUAUGGUUAUUUUUUGUCAGUCAUCAGCUAAGUAAACCAAAUUUGUAUGAAAUAAUUUAACAAAACUAGUCUAGUGGAUAUAAUUGUGGAACAAAACGUUUGUGUUGUUAAUUUGUAAUUUUAAUCUUGUAACAAAAUAAUUAAGAACUGAUAUUUUGUCUUAAUUUAUAUCAUUAGUUGGCACCAUGAUCUCCAGGUAUACAAGUCAUUUUUGCACUUUUCGCUGCACAUUUUGUAAAUAAAUAGUCACUCGUUGGAUAUAUAAUAAAAUUG